UGGCAAAGUGACGUCACUGGUCUCUAAGGGGGCUCGAGGCAGCAGGUGAGAGCGCAGCAUUGCGUCCUAACUGCUUUCGAAGACGCACAGCGGUGGAGUACCGGAGCGGAGCCAUGGGAAAGCUUCAAGAAUUUGAUAUCACUUUUACCAACAACAAGGUGGUUUACGGUCCGGGAGAGUCCAUAAGCGGAACUGUGAAAAUACGAACCGGCCACUCGCUGCAGUACAAAGCCAUCAAGGUGAACUGUCAGGGCUCAUGUGGGAUCUCCAACAAAAUGAACGACAACUCAUGGACUCUGGAGGAGCAGUACUUCAACAGCAUGUUGUCUGUUGCUGACAAAGGAACUCUGGCGGCAGGCGAACAUAAUUUCCCUUUCCAGUUUCUCAUUCCAGUUGCUGCCCCGACUUCUUUUGAGGGACCCUUUGGGAAGAUUGUUUACCGUGUGAAGGUGGUUAUCGACACGCCACGCUUCUCUAAGGACUACAAAGCCCAGAGGCCCUUCUACCUACUCAACCAGCUCAACCUCAAUGAGGUCCCUGACAUUGAACAUCCGAGUUACGCUGUGACCACUAAGAAGUUCAGCUACCUCCUGGUGAAGACGGGGACCCUGAUGCUGAAAGCACACAGUGACCUGAGGGGUUACAUCCCCGGUCAGGUCAUCAAGUUAGCCGCUGAGAUCCACAACAAGUCUGGGAAGGACACAGGAUAUGUACUGGCCAGUCUUUUACAGAAAGUGACCUAUAAGACCAAGAAGCCUGUGUUUGACCUGCGGACCAUCGCAGAGGUGGAGGGAGCCGGAGUGAAAGCAGGAAAACAUGCAGAGUGGAGAGAACAGAUCAUCGUCCCUCCUCUUCCUCAGUCAGCGCUGGCCGGCUGCAGCCUCAUAGACAUCGACUAUUUCAUUCAGGUGUCACUAAAAUCUCCAGACGCAGUCAUCACUCUGCCCAUCUACAUUGGGAACAUCGCUGUGAACUUGUCUCCGUCGAGGCCCAUACCCACCAGUUCAGACUGCUGCGCUGCGACCAUCGCACCCAGCGCGGCAAGUGUGACACCCAGUGCCCCGCCGGCAGAGGAAGAGCCAGAGGAAGGGCUGUGUGCAGGGGGUGUGGACAGUGAGGAAAUUCCCACCAAGAGUCACUCUCAGCAGGAUCACUCAGGUCAGUCGGUCACCAUGUCCCCCAGCGCCUUCAGCCACGCGCCCGGUGCGGCCCUUCCUCCCAGCCACAGACGGCCCGACGCGUCCGCUCCCCUGUUCUGUGUGUCCACCGGGGCCACCAUACCCUUCUUCACCGAGGGAAAUGUGAAUCCUGUCCCCACUUCCUGUUCUCUUAUCCUCCCUCCAGAGUACAGCAGCUGGGACUACCCUCAUGAGCCCCCACCCACUUACGAGGAAAGCUGCAGUAGCGCCAACUCCAGUUUCAGCAGUAGACAGUAGAGAAGAAGCAGGAGAUGAAUCAUCAUGGCCACGCCCACCCACACCUGUCUGGACUCGCCUCUUGACAAAUCAGGACAGAGACACGAUGGGUUAAAGAGGAUGGACCACAACUCCACCCUCAAACACCCCAAAGAUUGUUUCUUUGUCCUCUAAUACAUAAAAAAGGGAUCAUAUCUUAUACUGAAUAUAAGUUUUAAUUUCAGCUCACGUCCCACCAGGUAGCGUCAGACAGAACGGGUGAACAUCACUGUGCCUAACAGAAGUGUUUUGGAUCAUCAUACAGCAUUUAGAAAACAUUCAGUGGUUGGACAUGUUCCUUUAAUGGGACAAAUGGGUAAAAUCUGUUUAGUUUUGAUUUUUUUUUUUUUUUCAAUGAAUUUUUGCAUCUGUGAUGCCUUGAAAAUGAUUUCAGCCUACUGAAGGCUCACGUUUGACGAGAUCAGGCGUUGGCCUUUUUUGCAGUCUUGUUCCAAUUGUGCGCUUGUUAUUGUGGUCCACUGCUGUCUGUUUGUGUCUCAGUUGUCCUCAUCAUCAGCUGGGCAGAGCUGUCUUCGUGCUGGCUGAAAGGAGAACCUUUUGCCAGAGGUUGUGGUUUCUCUGUAAAGCUAGUGAUGCCAACCCUUGUGUGUAGGACUUUUCUGUGAUUAGAACAUCUUUAAGGUUAUUCUCAUUGUUUAAGUCUUUGUUUGAAACAUUAGACGGUCCCAAUGUAAAUGAGUGCAGUCUAUGAGUCUAUGUGUACUGUAGCAUGCAUUGCUGUCUGCUACAGUGUCUUUUUUUAUAUCACUGGAAGUUGCCGGUCAGAAAUUGGUCGAAUACUACACAUAGGGGCUUCAAAGACAAAUAGUGUCUCAGCAACACCUCUUAGUUGUGUAACUUGAAAUACAAGUAGCAGCAAAAUAAGAAUAGCUUCAAAAUAGUUAUACAAACUAAUCCAGGCACACAAAAUCUGUCUAUUUUUAAACAUUGUUUUUAUCGACAUGAAUCAACCAUUUUUAUGUUUAAAAACAUUUUGUUUCUAGACAAGAUCAUUUAUAUUGAGAAAAUGAAAUUCAACACAAAGAAGAGCAUGUGCACUGACAUGCUCUGGUUUUUGAAUUUGUUUGUAUUCAGAGGACAGUGUAGCUGCAGAUGAGGCUCAUUCUUCCUGCAGCUGGAUAUGAGGACUGCAGCAUUGACGCAGUCAUUCUCUGCCCUCUUGUGGUCAUCACUGGUACAAGCUUUAUCUCGUCUAGAAACUGGAGCCUAACAUAACCAGCCAUGCAAACAGAGUCCCCGCUCCUGCGAUGCGCCAACUGAGGUCUGCUGUAUAAUUUUACAUUCUAUUUUCUUCAAACUGUUUGUUGAGCAGAACUGACAAAUUGAGGUUUGAGAUACGUGUUGUUUUGAGAUGUGAUGCAAGUGUUUUGCAUCAUCUUUUCAGUCUCAGUCUGUUUGUUGCCUUAACCUUCUUUCAGUGUUACAAUAGUGAGAUGAGAAUCCUCUGAAAUUUCAGUCGGUGCAGAUGAUAAACAUACAUGUGCACAACACAGCACUUUUUACAAUCCGAGUACAGGGGUUUCUGUGUGCACACCUACUGUACAUAUGUGUGUGUGUGUGUGUGUGUGUGUGUGUGUGAAAUAGAGCUCAUUUGGACAAGAUGCUAAGUUCACCUGAGGUCUGUUUUCAUUCAAACUACAAAUUGGUUUGUGAUUCAGCGACUGUGUUAAAAUGAUUUGUUAGAGACAUUUUUGUGUAUAAGGGCUGGGUGAUAAUUCAAUAUCAUGUUGUGAUAUGAUCUUGUGUUAUCACUCCACAAAUGUCUGUUGUCCAAAUGAAUUCAUCUGAGCAAGCUGUAAUUAAACUAACAAAAUUAGUUACUGAAGUUUUUGUUUUGCACAUAUGAAGAGUUUGAUCUCAUGUAAUUCAUAACAGUGGAACACAAUCAUUGCUUUGAACAUCAGUUUGAUUAUUUUGAUUUUCCACACAUUUGCCAAAUUGUGUCAUUAUCUUGAUGACUUAAAAUAUCCUUAUUUAUAUAAUUAGAAUGAUUUCACCCAUAUCGCCCAGCCCUACUGUAUUAUAAAAGCAUCAGCACAUAUUCACUGUCAUUUCUCUGUGGGGAAACUGAUGCCACUGAAAAUCUUAAGCACAACUGCUGUCCUGAAUGUUUGUGUGACUAUUGAUGUGUUUGUCUUAUUUUACCACAUUUUAGUACAAGCUCAAAGUCCAUUCUGUGAAUUCAGAAACAAAUGACAGUGCUGGUGUUGGCUCCUGACUGUAGAUCAUCUUGCCGUGUAUCUUCCAGAAUUUGUAUUUUAUUUUGUGACACGUCAGCUCUGAAAUCUCCACAGACAAACUUCUGUUACUGUUGGAAACCUGACAGUCACCCAAACUUCGGUAUCGUGGCUCUACAUUAUUGUGAAUGCAUGCCUUAAACACUCCGGAUUCCCGCCGCCCCUUACAGGAGCUUGUGAUGGACUUUCUUCUUCUCUGUCAGGGAGGACGUCAGGAUGUGCUGGUGCAGCUCUUCCUGUCUUGUCUCCUGUGGACUGUGCUAAGUGCACUUGAUGUACACAAAUGUAGGUUUUAAAAACAGCGAGGACACUGGUCCUGUUGAAUUUGUUUUUAUUCUUGUUUUAGAAAAAUAUGUGCAAUUCCUCUCAUCUCCAAGAACGCUGCAGCAGCUCCCUGAAGUAAUUUCACGCAGCCUUUAUCGAUCCUGAUUCUGUUGAAUUCUUCGCCACCAAAAGGUACUAUAGCUUUAUGAAGCCCCACUUCUGUGUUAUUUUUUUCAUUCUUUCCCCCUCACAUAUUGAUGAGUGGUGUCUGGUUUUGUAUUUUUCUACUUGUAAACUGUUUACAGGUGCAGUAUGCAGAUACUAAUAGUAGCACCUCAAUCAGUUAAUGGAAUAUUUCAACUUACAUUGCAGAAUCAAAGUUGUACUGUACAGUAUAACAAUAAAAUUAUAUGAUGUG